AUGCGGGAGGAAGAGCGCCGGACGCUGGAGAGCGCGCGCGAAGUCGUCACGACGGACGACUAUCGCGCGUGGACGCGACGAUGCGAGGAGUGUCUCGCGACUCUGCGCGAGAGGUGUCUGGACGCGAGUCGUCGAAUCUCCACGGGGGCGAGGACCUCUCUGGUCGCCCGAAUCCUGCGAGUGAUCGGCGCGAGGAACGAUCUACGGCGACGUUUCGAGCGGGAGGGCGCGGGUGUCGCGAGACGCGAGGACGACGGCGGUAGCGGGGUCGAGUCGCGCGAGGGAUUCUCGUGGUCCGAGGUCGAGACGGCUUUCAAGAGACGCGUGUUGACCGGCGCUGUGAUAAAUCUCGAUUACAUCGAACCUCUGAGAUUUCUCGAGGACGCGAGGGACACCGUGCUCCGCCGCGUGCGCGACGUCAUGGGCCGAUAUCGCAGCGUUAAAGUGAACACGACGUUCAACGGAGAAUUCGUGUCGGGCGAUAAAAUCGCCGUUAAGACGAUCGCCACGAGAAACCAUCCCCUUCUACCCACGACGGAUCUGCGCGAGUGGUAUGAUACUCGCGUCGUCGGCGAUACCGUCGCAUCUUUGGAGGAGUUUCAAGAGCGCGACAGCGGAUGGGCCCUGUCGCGCAUACUCGAUCUAACGGUGAACGUGAACGUGUACAAUCCCAUGCGGGCGGGAUGCAUGCAUUACUUUCGCACGAGCGAGAAGCUGUCGGCGCACAGCGAGGAUUGCGGCAAGCUGAACGAUUGCGCGAUCGUUCUUCCCGGCGAGGACGACAGGUGGCUGGAGUUCGAGCAUCAUUCGAGAAAGGAGCGAAUUCCGUUCGCGGUGUACGCCGAUCUGGAGUGCGCGUUGGAGAGGAAGGAGGGGGACGAGGGCGGGAGAACCAAGAAUACGCGGAUCGUUCAGCAUCACAGAGUUCACAGCGUGGCCUAUUACACGCGUUGCUCCUUCGACGACGCCGCGUCGGCGUACGGAUCUUAUCGCGGCGAGGAUUGCGUCGCGUGGUUCGUGCGCGAGCUGCGCGAUCUGGCGCUUCGCGCGAAGGUCGCCCUCGACGGCGUGGUACCGAUGGCGGAUCUGACGUCCGACGAGCGGGAGACGUUCGCGAGCGCGUCGCGCUGUCACGCCUGCGAGAGACCGUUCGAGGCCGACGACGUUCGCGUGCGCGAUCACUGUCACUUGACCGGCCGUUUCAGAGGUCCGGCGCAUUCCGCGUGUAAUUUGAAUUACAAGGACCCCUACGUUAUACCCGUAUUCUUUCACAAUCUAUCGGGUUACGACGCGCACUUCAUUAUCAAGGAUGUGGCUAACGCGUAUCCCGGCAGCGUCGAGUUGUUGCCGGUGACGAAGGAAUCGUACAUAGCUUUCUCUAAGACCGUUCGAGAUAGCGCGGCGGCGGCGGCGGAGGGAGACGGGGGAAACGUCGCGCGUUCCAGAUACGUCAAAUUACGAUUCGUGGACUCGUUCAAGUUUUUAGGCGCCGGUCUCGACAAGCUGGCGUCGUAUCUCGACGAGAGCAAACUGACGAUCGCGCGAGGCGAGUUUCGCGAUUUCUCCGACGACGACUUCCGGCUUCUCACGCGCAAGGGCGUGUUUCCGUACGAGUACGUCGACAGCGUCGAGAGAUUGCGGGAGACGCGUCUCCCGCCGCGCGAGUCCUUCUACAGUUCUCUGACCGGCGACACCGUAUCGGAGAGCGAUUACGCGCACGCGACGCGCGUCUGGAAGCGAUUCGGCGUCGAAAAUCUAGGCGAGUACAGCGAUCUCUAUCUGAAGACCGACGUUCUUCUGCUCGCGGACGUGUUCGAAAAUUUUCGCGCCGCUUGUUUGGAUAGUUACGGUUUAGAUCCCGCGUACUACUUCACGUUGCCGGGAUAUACGUGGGACGCGAUGCUCAAGUACACGGGGGUCCGUUUCGAACUGCUCACCGAUAUCGAUAUGAUGAUGUUCGUGGAACGCGGAAUACGCGGCGGUCUGAGUCAGUGCUCCAACAGAUACGCUCGCGCUAACAACAAGUACAUGAGCGCGUACGAUCCGUCGCGACCGUCGAUCUAUCUGAUGUAUCUCGAUAUCAACAAUCUGUACGGUUGGGCGAUGUGUCAGCCGUUGCCGUACGAGCGAUUCGAGUGGGUCGACGACCUCGAGAGUCUCGACGUGAUGUCCGUGACGGAGGACUCGACCGUCGGCUACAUUCUCGAGGUCGAUCUCGACUAUCCGGCCGACGCGCACGACGCCCACGCCGAUCUACCGUUUUGUCCCACGCGCGAUAAGCCGCCGGGGAAGCGGCAGAGCAAACUCCUAGCCACGCUGUACGAUAAGCGCCGAUACGUCACGCACUAUCGCAAUCUGCAGCAGUGCGUUCGUCACGGUCUGCGUCUGACUAGGAUUCAUCGCGCGCUGCGCUUCUCGCAGUCGCCGUGGUUACGCGGAUACGUGGAGCUUAACACGCGUUUACGCACUAACGCGAGUAACGAUUUCGAGAAGAAUCUGUACAAGUUGAUGAACAACGCCGUCUUCGGCAAGACCAUGGAGAACGUGCGCAAUCGCGUGGACGUUCGACUCGCGACCCGAUGGGACGGUCGAUUCGGAGCCGAGGCGCUCAUCUCCAAGCCGAAUUUUCACAGUAGAAGCGUAUUCUCGGAGAAUCUCAUGGCCGUGGAAUUGCGCAAAUUGGAGGCGAAGAUCGACAAACCGAUCUACGUAGGCAUGUCGAUUCUCGAUAUAUCCAAGAUUCGUCUGUACGCGUUUCACUACGAAUACAUGUCGCCGCUCUACGGCGAUAAGUGUAAGAUAUUGUACACCGACACGGACAGUCUCAUUUAUAGCGUAGAGUGCGAGGACGCGUACGAGCGAAUGAAGCGCGACGUCGAUAGAUUCGACACGAGCGAUUACGCCGUCGACAAUCCCUACGGCGUGCCGCGCGCGAAUAAGAAGGUUCUCGGUCUGAUGAAGGACGAGAACAACGGCGCUCUCAUGCUCGAGUUCGUCGGACUCAGAGCGAAGAUGUACGCGUUGCGAGUCGAGGGUAGAGGCGACACUAAGAAGAGCAAGGGCGUUAGGAGCAGCGUCGUCGCGAGAACGCUGACGUUCGACGAUUACGAGCGCUGCCUGAGACGCGAGAUCGAGAUGACUCGCGAGCAGUCGUGCCUGAGAUCCAAGUUACACGAGGUGUACACCGUGCGCGAGUCGAAGGUUGCGCUCAGUCCGUACGACGAUAAGCGCUACGUCGUGCCGGAUUCGACCGACACUCUGCCGUGGGGGCACUACAGGAUACCACUGUGA